AUGGACCCCGACACCGUUCCGGCGUUUUGGAGCAUCAGCCGCAUGAAGACGCUGCUGGACCAUGUGGUUGGCAUGAAUCUGGAGAGGAAUGAGCGGCUCUGCAAGAGCUUCGACAACAUUGUCACUGCGUUAUCCAAGAAGCCGACCAGCGCGGCAGAGCUGGUCGACUUCGAGCAGCAGCUGGAGCAGUUUCGAGGAAACACCUUGAAGGAGAUGAUCGACGAGUUCCAGGACAUCCGCGCCUGGCAGCAGAUGCUUUUUGACUGCGAGCACCUGCUGGAGCAGCGCACCUUCAAGGCAUGUUGA